AUGAAGUCGCCAUCCUCCUCCUCGAGUGCAUCGCUCUCAGCAAGCACGUUCUUGCUCCUCGCCCUCGUGCUGCCUACCGUUCUCGCCCUUCCCGCCAUCCCUCGCUCGAGGUCGAACCCAACCCGAGCCAGCGCAACCGCCCGUGCCCACGCUUCGGCCACGCCCAAGCCGACCCGAGCCUCUUCCAAGGACUCGGCCGCUUCCCCGCUCUGGGUGAAGUUGAACGCCAACUUUUACAUCCCCGGCCAAGAGCGCAAGGCUUCCAACUCGACGACGACGACCGCUCCCUCGGCGUCGAUCCCUACGACUUCGCCCGUGGUCGAGCGACGUGAAGUUGCCAUGGACGAGUUCGACGAUGAGCUGCACUACUACUCGUACGACAAGAGGUGUGAUUGCACCAAGACCGUCACCAAGGUUGUCGACCGAGCGGCCAAGACGACGGCCAAGGCAAAAACGUGAGUUUCUUCACUUUCGAGUGACAAGGCCUCCCUAUUCGGUGCAUCGACGACUGACAUAGGACUUCUCUCGAUCCACAGCACGAAAAAGGCGACGACAACCAAGAAAAAGACAACGACUACCAAGAAAAAGACAACGACCACCAAGGCCACAGCAACGACCCGGCCGGCGACCACUAUGGCGAGCAACAAGGGCCUCGGCGAUGGCCAGACGUUCUGGAAGCAAAAGACGACGUUUGGCUCGAUGGAGUCGUUCGCGACCGACGUCGUCAAGAAAUGGGUCUGGGGUUACCCCUCGAACGUCAAGAUCGUGCAAGGUGUUCCCGCGAGCAAGUGGACCGGCGGCAAGCAGCUCGAUUCGUCCAGCGCGCUCCAGGUCGCUUACCCCAAGGGCAGUCGCAACCCGAGCAAGUACCCCAUCGGCGGUGUCGGUCUCUACUCUGAGAAGCGUGAGUUAGCUUCUAACUUUGUAUCCUCUCUCUGAUCGAUAGAGGACUGAUCAUAGUCUGUGCCGACGCUUGACGCGACAGUCGAUCUCUCGCAAGCGAGCAAUGUUUCGUUCUCGUACUCGGUCUUUUUCGAGAAGGGCUUCGAGUUCAACAAGGGUGGCAAGCUUCCGGGUCUCUUCGGCGGCAAGUCGGCUUGCUCCGGUGGCUCAUCUGCUCAGGACUGCUUCUCGACCCGUUUGAUGUUCCGAACUGGAGGCAAAGGAGAGGUGAGUCUUGACAGCGAUGCUUGUUCCUUGGAAGUAUCAGCGAUUGACUGGGUUUUUCCCACGCCCUGGCAUGCACAGCUUUACCUCUACGCCCCUCGCGAGAAGCAAGUCUCCGCUCUCUGCAACUUGAAGCCUCUGUCGUUCUGCAACUCGUACUACGGCAUGUCCAUCGGUCGGGGAUCGUGGACGUUCAAGACCGGUGAAUGGACCGACAUCCGCCAAGACAUCUGGCUCAACACCCCCGGCAAGGCCAACGGUGGCUUUAACAUUUGGGUCAACGGCAAGAUCGUCCUGACUUCGUCCCAAGUCUACUACCGCAACUCGGCCGUCGGCAAUGUCGCCACGAACGGCACCGCGUCCAACAUGACCCUCAUCGACUACGACGCCUUGCCCGCCGGAACCCAAAUCCCCAACGGUGGUUUCUCGACCAGCGGCAACGGCACUUUCCAAGCCCCUACCGGUGUCGUCAAGGUCAUCGGUGCGCACCCCACCGGCGCCAAUGGUUUGCCACUGUUGCACACCCCUCGACCCAACCCCAACGACGCGUGGUUGCGCAAGCGUGGUGCCGACCGCCACAACGCCGAGCCUACCCGCGCACCGCAGAUGAUCGUUCGCCCCGGUGGCCAACGUGCGAGGGCCUUGGCCCAGAAGCGAGAUGCCGCUAAGCUCGAACGCCUCGCGUUGGAGAAGCGCGUCUACGAGUUGGAGCAAGUUGCGAGCGACAUUGAGAUGGGCGCCCCUUCGACCGAGGCCGCCCGCAUCGACGCCGAGUACUUUGCCGAGCGCAACAGGAGAGAGGAGGAGAGCAACCUCUCCAAGCGAGCGGCCAAGGUCACGCUCCCGACCGGUUUCAUCGGCAUCAUGUUCAACACGUUCUUUGGCGGCAGUGAUAGCGUGAGUACCCAAAACACAUUUUUGGUGCUUACGCUUUUGAUGCGACAAUGACUGACCUUUUCCCGUGGAUCUUACUACUGUACAGACUUGGAACUCUGCGAAGCUCCAGUACUCCUACUUCAAUGGCCUGCGACUGGACAUCAACUCAUAG